AAGCUAGGUUAUCUGCAGAACCCCGUUAGUGGCUGCCACAGGAUGUCUUCAGCCACAGGUGGCGCGUCUUGUUGCCAAGGUGGAGUAACGGCACGGCACGCGGCUCAAAUCCCCUAUGGAUCAUGCCCUGGUUCUUCAUGUGAUGAUGGAGCGUAGGUAGUCAUGUUAUUUUUGGCAAGAGCCUCCUCCAUAAGCAUUCGGUCGUCCCUUUCCCACAAAACAAUGCAAACUGCCACAACUGCAGAGCGAUUAGUGGACAGGUGAUACCCGAAGAACCUUGUGCUUUGCCCGCAAUUGCACUGCGGAUGCAGCUCAGCAAUUCGAGUCCCAUGUUGCGCCAGGUGGCCUGUCGAGACUCGAUAUGCCCGAGCACCUUCAACCGCCGCCGCCUCCUCCGACCUCGAUCAGCAACAUCGAUGACAUCGGUGACGAGGGCAAAAGACUGAGAAUCCCCUCACGAUCUCCACAUCCUUACCACAGACGGAACUUUGAGCUUCUAGAGCCCUCCGACACGCUUGGCUGCCACACAGCGCACACAACACCUGUCCUUGCUCACAAGCCAGGCAGUGCCCUCUCGUCUCUCACCCGGGAGUCCACGCCUGCGAGUGAUAGUGGCACUGAGGCAGAUGAUGAACAUUUCUUAAAGCGCCUCCCAGCACCAAAAACCAGGCUACACAAAGGGCUGCGUGGGAAGGACGAGCCGCUCUCCGGAUCAUCAACCCCGCUGCUAUCCCCUGCAGUGCUAGAGGAUGAGGGUCGAGUAACACUGCAUCGACCAAAACGAGACACGUUAGCCAGAACCAAGUCUCUCCUCGGUGGGGAGAAGGCUCGAAGUCGGAAAGAACUCAUCCGGCGCCUUACCGAGCUCCUCUUGCUUGCCUGCCUGGGUUACCUUGUCCAAGCAAACCGACUUGUGCAACCAUUCUUGAAACUAUGGCAGAGAGAACUCACAGCGCAAUUCCGAUUAAUCGUUGCGCUACUAUGUCUCUAUCCUUUGAGACUCGUCAUAUGGGCCUAUAGGCGGGGGAAGCCGUCAAGGACGAUUCCGAUCUCCGUUCCCUCGUCAUUUGACCCGGCGCCGAUAUUUUAUCCUCCGGUGGUACCAAUACUUGUUGCACUGCUCAUUGCAGUGAACGUUAGAGCUGUCAUCCUGCCGAACUUGGUUCUGAGCCUCUGCGCAGUCCCCAGGAGUCUGAUUCCUGGUGCGCGAUACCAUGAGCCAUACAGCACCCUGCAUUGGGUCCUCUCCUGCAUUCCAAUUUUCUUGUCAGACCAGAAUCCGGCCCAUGUUGACACAAACACGGUGUCAAACGAGGCUCUGACGUUGCUAUAUCCCCUCCACCAGCAAUUAUGCAUCAUUUUACAGUACCUCACCACUACAAGCCUCUUGGCCGCUGAGCUGCAGCUUCUGUCGGUCGCACUAAUUAAUAUUCUUAUUUUGGCUUACUCGCCCCAAGCCGUUAUCCUCAAGGCGAUGCUAUGGGGAGGGGGUCUAGCCAUCCUCAUUAUCUGUGGCCCGGUGAUCAGGUGGGGGAUCACAUUAGCAAGGGUUCCCAAAUGGCGAUUCAUGCGGGUUCCUGCCUCGUCAAAAGGGGCCUUCGGCUUUCGAGCCCUCAGGGGCAUGAUGCUGUCUUGCCAGCGUGGCAGAUACGACGUUCCCGGACUGGACCUUGACUACUCGACUGGUGAAUCUUGCAAUACGUCCGAUGAUGAUUACGAACUAAAUCACGAUUCCCCAGCUUCUAUAAAGAACCUGCGGCGCACAGGGACUAUUAGCGGCGCCGAAACCCUCAUCGCCCCUUCGCGGACAGGUUCGCUCCAUGCCCGAUCCAUGUUUCCGGACGAGACCAUGUUCCGGACUUCGUCGAGGCGCCACACUCUGCCAUCUCUUGGCAGGUCCGGACUCCCACCCAAAACACAUACCCCUUCGGGCCGCCGGAAACGCUCGGCGUCCUCCACCAUGCGGUACUUCUUCUCCCUAACCCAGGCACAGGCCGCAACACGAAAGUGGAUUUACGCUGGCUACGUCUAUCUCUGCGUACUGGCCAUCGUUCUCUUUGGGGUCAGGGAGUACGUGAAAAGAUACGCGCUAUCCGGCGACGAACCAAUCGGUUGGGCGCUCGGCUAUCUCUUUGGCAACCUGCCAUGGUUUCGAUUCCAGGUCGUGAAGGCGAAUCUGGAACGGUGGAUCCGUCUCCCUCUACGGACUGGGGAAGAACACGUGGAAUCGUGCUACCAGGGCUGGGUGCAGCACCUUCGACAUGCCUCCUUCGGCGAGGCAAAUACCCGCCUGAUUAUCAGUGGCUACUGGCUCGGCAUCAUAAUCACGGGUCUGGCCGUAGUCUUCCAGCUGUCCCCGAUCUACGAGGUCGACACUCGCCGCAAGGUGUUCCACUUCAUGAUGGUCGCCAUGCUCCUCCCGGCCACCUACGUCGACCCAACCUACGCGGCCCUGUCCCUGUCACUCGUUCUCGCCAUCUUCCUCCUGCUGGACCUCCUGCGAGCCAGCCAGCUCCCUCCGCUGUCGAAGCCCAUCGCCAUGUUCCUGACUCCCUACGUCGACGGCCGCGACCUCCGCGGGCCCGUCGUCAUCUCCCACAUCUUCCUCCUCAUCGGCUGCGCCAUCCCCCUGUGGCUGAGCCUGGCGGCCCUGCCGCGCUCCGGCUCCGGCGGCCUCCUGGCCGGGUGGGAGGUACCCACCAGGGACGUGAGCAUGGUCUCGGGCGUCGUGUGCGUCGGUCUCGGCGACUCGGCGGCAUCCCUGAUCGGGCGCCGGUGGGGCCACCGCAAGUGGGUCUGGGGCGGUGGGAAGAGCCUUGAGGGCAGCGCGGCGUUUGCCGUCGCCGUCUUCGCCGGCCUGAUGGCUGCCAGUGCCUGGCUGAGGAUCGGCGGCUGGCCGUCCGCCUUGGCGGGGCCUGGUGGGCCGGGCCCGUGGUCGCUGUGGUCAUGGGGCUCGGUGGUGCGGAAUACGGGCGUGUGCGCAUCCGUGGCGUCGCUGACAGAGGCUGUCCUGACGGGCGGUAACGAUAAUGUGGUCGUUCCGGUGGUUCUCUGGACCUGUGUGAAAAGUUUGGGACUUUAGACGGCGCUUGGCAUCUUUGUUCGUCUUUUUUCUCUGUGUAUGGACGGGCGUUAUUCGGAGAAGGCGUUCCCAUCUCCCUUUGGAAUGGAUGAGUAGGGGUGCCGUUUACUCUUCCAGG